GGCCUCCUCUAAAACAACCAGUGUAACUCUCUCCUGCUCAGCAUGUCGGCAUUCGGAGUGAAUCCCCACUUCAUGGCCUCCGACACUAAGAGAGUGCCGCACAUCAACGGCAACGCCGCUGCGUUUUCCGACUCCAGAAAGUCUGCAAACGGCCAGGGCCACCGCAAGAACAACGGCGAUAAGAGCCACAAGGGUGGUAAACCACAGUCCAGAAGCGCCCCAAGGCCCAAGAAACCGGACUCGCCCCCCUCAGAUGAACCUGCUCCUCCUCCUCCCAAAGUAUUGAGCCGCCAGGCCCCCGAGAAACUCCAAAACUACUCCCCACAAGAUAUCCAACAAGGAGGCCCAGUGUACGCCAAUCCCCAAGCGUUGGGCUUUCGCCAAUCAUCAAGACAGAAAGCACGCCGUCCCGUGCCCAAGUACCUUAUCCACCAGUCACGUCUCUUGUACACGCCUCCGUUCGUGGUGAAUGCUUGGGACAAACAGAACCAACAGAAAAUGCUCAACAUGGAACAAGCCAACAGUGGGCUGGACUACCAGGGAAUAUACGAGGAGUUCCAGAAAAUGCGUGAAUUUGAGAGGAAACAAAUGGAACAGCUCGGCUUGGUGGAUGCCAUGGAUAUCCGCAAAGACUUGAAUGAUGCCAUACUGUUCCAAGGUUCGUGUGAAGACAUGUGUCCCAUCUUUGAGAGAGUCAGAAGAUCGUUGGAAAACAACGUCAAAGCAUUGGAGAAGGACCCCUCGACAUUCAAAAUCUCCCGUGCCAAAGCAGUAAAGGCAUUCUCCAGACCAGCUGCGGGCCAGCCCCCACCGUUACCAUCUGAAGUCAGGCCCCCACACAUCUUGCAAAAAACCUUGGACUACUUGGUCGACAACAUCAUAGAGAAACUCCCCGAAGCACAUUCAUUCAUUUGGGAUAGAACAAGAUCUAUAAGACAAGAUUUCACCUAUCAGAAUUCGUUUGGUCCAGAAGCAAUUGAUUGUAACGAAAGAAUUGUGAGAAUCCACUUACUAUCCUUGCAUAUCAUGGCAAACAGUCACCAGGAAUACUCCCAACAACAAGAACUCGAGCAGUUUAAUAAAGCAUUGCAGACUUUGAUUGAAAUUUAUCAAGAUAUCAGAAACCAUGGAGGAGGAAAUUCUCCUAACGAAGCUGAAUUCCGCUCAUAUUAUCUCUUGAGUCAUCUUAGAAACCCCGAGCUUGACCAAGAAAUUCAAGCAUUACCCAUGGCCAUUUUCAAGGAUCCCCAUGUCCAAUUAGCAUUAAAACUCAGAAAUAUCGUUUCUCAAAAUAAUUUGUUCGAGAGAGGUGGGUUCAAUAAUUCUCCUGGAUCUUUGAAUUUAUUUGAAGAAUUCUUUAAAAUCAUUUACAGUCCUGAAACCCCAUUGUUGAUGGCCUGUUUGUUGGAAACCCAUUUCAACGAAGUGCGCUUCUAUGCCUUGAAAUCUAUGGCAAGAAGUUUCCACACGAAAGGACGGCCAUACCCAGCUGAGAGUUUGAAGAAUCUUUUAGGUUUUGAUUCUAUUGAAAAGUUGGUAAAGUUUGUUACCUAUUACGAGGUUGAUGUUAUUGAGGACAAUGGUGAGGUAUUAAUCGAUUUGUUCAAUAAAGAGAAGCUCGAAACGAAAUACAAGCUAAACUCCAUACACGAUAAACCCAAAUUGGCCCAAGCAUACUCCCACCAACUAGAUUCAAAGAUUGGGGGCAGAAGUCUAAAGGACUUUAUUAAUCUGGGUAAAACUGGGUCAACUUUUGUGCAAGUUCCCCACAAUGUUCCUGCUUCAUUGCCCAUUAUGAGUCAGGAGCCAAUCCAGAAGAGUGACACAUUUGGGUCGAUGCCAACCAACAGUUUUGGUUCAAUGCCUUCUAGCUCGUUUGGUUCGACUUCGUCUUCCACUUUCAAGCCAACUGCCCCAACCAAUUUCGGGUCAACCACCCCGUCUUUUGGGGUUAGCACACAACAACAACCGUCAAUUAAUCUGGGGCCUUCAAUCAAACCAGCCGUCUCGUCAGCUUUACCACCAACAUCCUCAUCUGCAUCAACACCAGCAUUCAAAUUCCAAGAAUUACCUAAGUCGGUAUCAUUUACACCGAAGGUUUCAACACAAGAACCAAAGUCUUCACAGACUCAACCUGCAUUAAAUUUACUGAAUUCUAGGAUGCCUAGUAUUAAUCCUGAGCCAAAACAGUUUGGCUUCCAGCAACAAACGAUGCCUAAUACAGAUAAGGUGAAUCUGGCAAAGUCCCUAACUAUACCAGAUAAUGUAAUACCAAAGAUUGAAGAAUUUAAAGGAACAGUGACUACUGCGCCAAAGCAUUUAUCUCCACCACCACCCACAAAAAAGAAAAUCACUGAUUCUCCCCAUUUCCAAAAAGCAGCCCAAUCAAUAGUGAGCGAGUUGAUAUCAAAAAGUAUACAAGAGGAACUAGCUUCAAUGUUACCAAAAUUGGUCAACUUUCAUAAAGUUCGUCAGGAAAAACGCCAGGUAAUAAGUUCGUUGGCGUCCCAACUUUAUGAUGCAUUCUUAUCAGAAAUUAUAUUUAAGAGCACACUAGAAAUUAAAGCAGACAAUUUAUACCAGCAUAAUUUAAAACUUUAUGCCAUCAGAAAGAUUAAGAAUACUGGUCAAAUAGCAAUCCAAAGACAACAAACUAAGAGGAAAAAGUUAGAGGAACUCAAUUCUAUUUCCUUCAAGAAACCAACAAUAAAACGAAGCCUGUCUAGUGCCAAUAUUUCAACGUCUUCUAUUACAAGCUCUAAAAGGAGACAGAUGUUUAAUACCAGCAACACAUCAGUACCUUCAAUUGAUGAAAGGCAAAGGGAGAUUGAGAGGCUUUGGGCACCAAUCAAUCUACAAAAUUUUGUCACCUCUUGUUCAGAAAGUGUCAAAUUGGACAUUAUCAGUAAGGCAGCAGAAAUAGAUCUUCUUUUGGUUGUUGAGAAUUGGACAUCACCUUACUCGAAAUGGUUAAACACGAAAUUGUCAUUACACACUAAUAUUGAUAAACGUAUUUACGAAAAUGUGGUCAAGAACGAUAAGAUGAUUUUAAACAUUAAAAGUUUACCAGGGAAUGAUUAUUUAACGAAAGAAUUUUUUGCUGGAACUGGUUUCAUAGUUUUUGAAUCUGGUUUGACCAACGAAGACUCAAGGUAUCCAACGGUUCAGGACAAGUUGGAUAAGGACCAGAAGAUUUUGAACAAAAUAGUGUCUUUGGUCGACAAGUUCAGUUACUAUAAAGUGCAAAUCUUAGUUUUAUACUGGGACAUCACGCAAGCAAGCUUGGGGACUGAAGAAGUAAAAUCUGCAUUGAAUUUGAAGGGGCUUUCCACGAACGAGAAUAUUAAGAAUGUUGUGCUAUGCGAUAUGACAACCGAGGAGAAGAAUAUUAAUGAAAUACUCGUUGAAGGGUUCGACAAUCUCAAGGAAAACUUUAAUGGAGAGUUCUCCAAGCGUGGCCUCAAGAAGCAAGAAAAGCUCCUCAAAAUCAAAUCCCUCAAUGAAAAGAAAGUUCAACCAGUUAAAAAGACUAUAACUGAUGAAACAUUUAAAGCCAACGAAACGCUGAUGAUUAACAAGGUAAAGAGGUCUCAAAAGUAUGAUUAUUUAAAUAAUCAUUUGACACCCUCCUCUAACUCCUUUAUCAAUAAGAGAGGUCCAAAUAGUAGUUUGAGAGGUAUUAAUGCCUCCAUGGAUUCCAGUCAGUAUACUAUUGCCCAAAACCGUUCUAUCAUUCCACACUUGACGUCAAUCCACAGGAAUAACUCUUUCUUAUCAAACUUCAAUUCUACUGCUUCUUCGAUCAAUAAUGUGUCUACCUUGACUGGGUUUGGAAAGGGAGUGUUGGAAGAAAGCACCCCAUCCAGUUCGCCCAGUAGGUCCAAGCUUGGUGGCAUCAAGAAGCCUUUGCCUAAAAGUGUACAGCAAUUGAGAGACUUGACUGCCGGUAUCAAAGCAAAAUAUAAAAAGCAGUGAUUCUUCGCUGGCUGCAUAUUCAAUAGAGUCCAUAGCAUUGUAUAUUAUGUAUUAUAGUCCUUAGGAAGUAUACACCUGGGCAAUAAAAACUGUAGUACACUGAAUAUCACUUAUUAGACCCAUCUAGGCAAUGCAGCAAGAAUUGAAGAUAGACCGAGCUAUGGAACUGAUGAUAUCUAUCAAUGUAAUGAAUUGAUGGUCUUGUUAACGAGCUACGUAGUUGCA